AUGUCCUCAUUUCAUUUUUAUGUUUUCUUGUCCAGAUUUUGUUUGAAAGCUGGUGAAGGCAUCGGAAAAGCAAACGUGUCGACCUUCAUCAACAUCCUGACCACGCGCAGCGGCCCGCAGCUUUCUAAAACGUUCCAGCAUUAUGCUGCCAUCAGCGACCUGACGCUGCCUAAAGCCCUGCAGUUGGAGCUGAAGGGAGACAUCGAGGAUUGCCUCACAUGUCCAGUGAAAUGUGCCUGGAACACACCGGCUUUCUUUGCUGAGAAACUUUUUGUGCCUUACCAGGGCCACGGUACGAGGGAUCACACUCUGAUCCGGAUCCUGGUGAGCCGCUCCGAGGUCGACCUGCAGAAGGUCAUAGAGGAGUACCGGGCAAUGUUUGACAGAACCCUCCAUGAGGACAUCGUGAACGACACCAAAGGACAUUAUCAGAAAGUCCUGCUGGCUUUGUGCGGACCGUACUGAAAACCUGAAGACCUGAAGACCUGAAGACCUG